GUAUUGUAUCGAAUGCUGCGCGGCUCUUUGUUCAUCAUACAUUCCCCGCGAAGCGCUUCGCUCAUGGCGUGCGAGCGAUAGAUACAGGUCUAAGCCAUUGCACUAGUUAGGUUAGGCUAGGAACCAAAACUGCGCACUGCAGCCCUACACGGGCUUUGCUCGGACAAUGCAGCAACAAACGGGCAGUGGAGCUGGGGGCAGGCGGCAGACAGCAGUCGUCACAUGCCCCAAGUCUAUGGUUGGGCGUGUAAUAGGGAGAAGCGGUGAAACUAUCAAGGCUCUUCAAACCUACACAGGAGCUCUGAUCCAGAUUGACCAAACCUGUGACCCUACGAAGAUUGCUAUCAGCGGGACCCCACAGAACUUGAACCUGGCGCUAUCUAUGGUGCAUGAUAUUGUGCGUGGAACUUUUAAGGGCUUCGCGUUGCUCCGGCAAGCAACAGGGCAUUGCAGUAAGGGGCCACAGCAGAUUGCAAGCCGGCCAGUGUACGCCCCUGGUUAUGGUCUGAUACCUCCUUCACAGUUGUACGGCAGUGGAGAUGCCGGUGCCAUGCUGCACGCCGCCGCAGCCGGCUUCCUCACACCUCGGGGCCUGCCGGGGGCUGCGGGGCUAGCGGGCGCGGCCGGGACCUAUCCGCAGCUGCUAGGGGGGCCCGGAGCCCUAGCGACGGCGCCUCGACCGCUUCUGAUGGGCAUGCCGCCGGUACACCUGCAGGCCUCACCGCUGCACGCGCCGGUGUACAACAUGAUGGGGGCACCCGUGUACUUCUCGCCGCUGGACUUCUCGGGGUCCUCAGCACCCCACAUGGCGGCCCACCUCAGCAACGGCGGAGGAGCCCCCGAGAUGGUCCUAUACACCGACGGUACGGCACCGCUUCUCGCAACCGCACCCUCCGCUGCCGGCGGCGGCGCCGGCGGCAUCAUGACGGGCAGUCGCCUCUUCCACUCCGUGUCGCAUUCGAACGGCGGCGGCGCUGCCAAUGGUGGCGGCGGCGGCGGUGCGGAAGCGACGUCGUACGGCACAUCCGCCGCCGGCGGGGGCGGUCCGCGGGGCGUGUCAUCGGGGGGCUUGGUGGUUGACACCGAGGGGGCGCUCUACACCUACCAGUAGCAGCAGCAGCAGCAGGAGGAGGAGCAGGAAACAUGGUGAGGGCGCUGGGCGGUAGGAGGAGAACCCGCCCCCACACUGCUAGGUUGGGGAGCGGAGGGGAGUGCGGGUGGAGAGGCGGGAGGGCAGCCGCACGUCGUGACGGCUGGUGUGGUCCCUUCCUGUACCUUCAUGAUGACGUAACCCCAAGCCAGCGAGGGCAUGGAGGCUGCCAUCGUGCUCUGUGGGUAUGUAUCUUGCUGCGGGGCACGCUGUCAUGGCCCAGGGGUCGGGACGGUGGUUUCCAGGGCGCGGAAUGCAUGGAGCUAAGAGCUGACGGGGUAUUUUGGAUUUGGAGGGCCAUUGGGGCUGAGGUCGUAUCUCAUGUGCUGUUGGGCGGCGCGUGAUUGCUCGGGACGCAAGGAAAAAAGUAUAAGAGGCACAAAAGCCGGCAUGGAUCGGAUGGGGAUCUGCUUUCUCGUUCUUCAUUAUAGUGAAGCACUACAAGGGGUGUGGUUAUACGCGUGACAUUGUAUUUGGGGUGUUUGGGUGGGAAAUGACACCAAAAGUAACACAAAAGACGACGGAGACAGUGAGGGAGGGAGAAAAAUGAAUUGUAGUGUACGGGAAGGAACGGUGUACGGAAGUAUUGGGGUGUGUACGGAUGUACGGUUUAUUACUAAGUGCGUGCCAAUGUGAGUGCUGUUUGGGCGCCUGUGUGGUCAUGCGUGUUAUGGAAACUGGCCGUUGGUCAUGUCCCUCAUGUGUGAAGAAAACUGGCCGGAGACGGAACGUACUGUGAUUGCUGGUCUGGUCUUGUGUGUUCAGAAAACUAGCCAAACACACGCGCACUGUGUGUGUGUUUCUUCGUUCUAUGACCCGCUCCGGCAGCCUCGCGGGGAUGUCAAGAAGAAGAAGAAGUCGUAGAAUGUGUGUUUUCGUGGCCUUGCAUGGGGAUUGCUUCAGGGUUGUCCCUGUGAUGUUGCUGCUGGGGCUAUAGGGGUUUGCUGCGUUAGGUGGCCAGCCGGUCGGCCGCUGCUACCCUGGUCAGCGAAAGUGAACAAGACACGAACCGUUUUUUGCCGGAGCAGUGACUAGGAGUGUCUGCUUUUCUCGCUUGAUACCAAGGAAAUGCAGGAAAGGAGACAUGCAGCGCGCCCCUCCUAUUCAGGCUAUUAUGCAUUAGUCGAAGGUGAUUGCGGUGGUUGUUUAUUGGCGGUUGCGGCUAUUGCUAGGCUUGUGAUUGCGGGUAUUGAUAUAGGUUGGUGGUUGCUGUUGGGAUUGUGAAGCUGGGAUGGACUCCUGUUGUGGAAAAGCGGUUGGCGGUGCUCCAACCAGAUUGGGCCGUUGGGCGGUUAAAUGGCGCGGCAACAAAAGUGAGGUCCUAGCGCGACAUUUGAAAGCCUAAAACCGCGUUCGGGGUACUAGGGUCUGCUGAUGCGUUUGGUGGUAUUCGACGGUUAACAGCCGGCGUGAAUGUGCGUGCGUGCGACCAUGCUAUAAAAGAAAAAACGUGAUGCAGUGUCAAGCAAGCCAUUACGGUGAUACUCGUUUGCGGUGACAUUCCGUUGCUCCUAUUAGCGCGUUAUGGCGUACUCAGUGUGCGCACCUGUGGAGACUGUUUCGGGCCUUGCAUGGGGUGCAGCCAGGUGGGGUGAGGAGGAGCUGCGUGCUGUGGAGGAUAUGACAACAACCUGUGACCCGCCGUGUGUACAUGGAGGGUACAAUGGAAACCGCGGCAUCCUCCGAUGUUAUUGCUCGCUGUGGGCGUGCGCAUGUGUGUGUGUGUGUUCAGGAAACGGGCCGCGAGUAGGAACCUAUGGAAUUGUCAGAAGAUGAGACAGGAGGAGGGGGAUGAAGCAUGGAGGUGUAGGUUGCGAGAGUGUUUGGCUUCCAGUGUGGUCCUUAAAGGGGAAGUGGACGCCAAAUACUUCGUCCCGCUCUGCUCUGCAGCCCAAUAACUGGAUGUUGAUCCUAGGCUAUUGCUGCUGCUGUUCUUAUCUCGGACGCGUGUCUUGCUAUGCUAUGAUAUCCUUGCUUGCAGCCCUUAUGCUUGCACGGAUGGCUGUCUUGUCUCCGCGUGUAAUGGUAUGUGUCUGUUCCUGUCUGUUUGUCGCCUGUUUGUCGAUUUCGAACUUUGAAGCAGUAGGAGUACGAAGAUCGGCGCUGUCUCUGUCUCCGCGUUGUGGUCUGAAUGGUUUGCGUGGGUUGAGUUAUGUGAUCCAGGUUAAGAGUGGCGUGUUGUGCGCUGCUGUGCUAUGUGCGAUAGGUGCGGUGUGAUGUAUCUACUGCCGUUUGUCGUAUACGCUGGAUUAAAAGGAGCGGAACGUGAGAAAGAUUCGCAUCACACCAAGAAGAAUGUCAAAGCGAAGAGGUGGUUUAGUAUCCUGAAGAGUUCAUGUUACAGGUACAUCUAGAGCUGUAGGCCACUAUACUUUAUUCGGGUUAUUGAUGCGGACAGCUUCUUUUAUGUGACCCACAUUGUUUCAAUUGUCGUGCUUUGUUGUACCAUUGCCUGGUCUACGGCACAUCCUUGUGAUGUUGGCGCGGGUUGUUGGUGCGGCGGUUGCUAGGCGCGGGAAUGUUGGGUUGCCGUCUUCAAGCUCGGUGCCUGUCCGCCAGCCGGGGUGCAGCUUGCGUCAGAUAGAUGGCAUUAUAAUGCUCUACGUCGUCUGACGCGCCCUUAUCUCCGGUUGCUCAUAUGUUGGAGGGUCCGAUGGCAUAAAUGUCGCCAUGGCAACGAGAUCCAGACAGGUUGGGAGUGUCAAGGCGUCAUUGUAACCUUUCCGCUAGGGGGCAGCAGAAGCUCUGCAGCACACCAAUUGCUCAGGCAGACACGGUACCGGUACUUCAGGUGUAACCUAUAUUUUCGUCUA